AUGACUGCCCCUACUCUGUUUAACUUAUCACACGAUUGUCUCCGACGCAUUCUUGGUUUUCUUAAUCCUCCGAGUGCGCUGGAACUGUGCGUAGCGUACGCACGACCCGAAAUGAUGGAUUGGUUUUACGAAGACGGAGGAGUGUACACCUACGACGGGACAGAUCAUUUUCUACCCCCUAGACAUGUUAAACAUUUGCGCUAUACUGGCGUAUCACCGAAUGUCGACGAAUUGGCUGCAUACACCAGCCUGCGCAGACUCGAGCUGAAGGAUACCGAGGUGACGAAUGUUGACACCCUAGCCGCGUGCACUAGCUUGCACACACUCGACCUAAACUAUACCCAGGUGACGAACGUUAACACCCUAGCUGCGUGCACUAGCUUACACACACUCAAGCUGAAGUAUACCAAAAUAACGAACGUUGACGCCCUAGCUGCGUGCACUAGCCUCCACACGCUCAACCUAAACCAUACCCAGGUGACGAAUGUUGACGCCCUAGCUGCGAGCAUUAGCUUGCACACACUCAGCCUGUUUAUGACCGAGGUAACAAACGUCGACGCCCUGGCUGCAUGUACCAGCCUGCACACACUUAGCCUGAGUGUUACCGGGGUAACAAAUGUUGACGCCCUGGCUGCGUGUACCAGCCUGCACACACUUAUCCUGUUUAUGACCAAGGUGACAAACGUUGACGCCCUGGCUGCGUGCCCUAGCCUGCACACACUCGACCUAAACCAUACCCAGGUGACGAAUGUUGACGCCCUAGCUGCGAGCAUUAGCUUGCACACACUCGACCUAAGCUAUACCCAGGUGACGAACGUUGACACCCUAGCUGCGAGCAUUAGCUUGUACACACUCGACCUAAACGAUACCCAGGUGACGAACGUUGACGCCCUAGCUGCGUGCACUAGCCUGCAUACGCUCAACCUAAAAUAUACCCUGGUGACGAACGUUGACGCCCUAGCUGCGUGUACUAGCUUGCGCAUCCUUAGCCUGUACUUGACCGUCAUAGAGAACGUUGACACCCUAGCUGCGUGCACUAGCUUACACACACUCGACCUGAGUUAUACCCAGGUGACAAACGUCGACGCCCUGGCUGCGUGCCCUAGCCUGCACACACUCAGCCUACACGAUACCCAGGUGACAAACGUCGACGCCCUGGCUGCAAGUACCAGCCUGCACACACUUAACCUGAGGGAAACCGAUGUGACAAAUGUUGACGCCCUGGCUGCAUGCGCUAGCUUACACACACUCCGCCUAAACGAUACCCAAGUGACGAACGUUGACGCCCUAGCUGCGAGCACUAGCUUGCACACACUUGGCCUGAGUGAGUACCCAGGUGACAAACGUUGA